GUACGGUCAGGAGACAUUGAGUUUGUAAUAUGUGAGUUUGGUGAUGCUCAAAGAUGUCGAAACAAAACGCUGGAACCAGUGGACAGACAGUCAGAAUUGACAUGGUCCAUAUUCCGAACCGAAAUCUUGGACUAUGUGCAGAGUGUCAUACUAAAAAUAAUGUUCAUCAAAAUCCUCGUACUCCUAAAACAUCAAAAAGUAAAAGUGAAUUUGUAUAUGUUAACUCAGCAUUUGUGGGCAGUACUCAAAGUGUGAAUGAAAAUAGACUGCAGCAGCCUCCUGUAAGUGUUAUCCGCGAGCAAUACUGGGCGUGUUCAAAAUGGCCGUUCGCGACCAGAGUCCUGGCGAUCGCCGUGAGCGUCUUGCUGGGCGCCGUCAUCAGUCUCUCCAUCCUUGUCGCCAUGAAGGGGGAUGACAAGGACGUCGCCAACUUCUUCGACUUCAGAGCAAAUUCUGCGCCUGAUUAAUACAGACUGUUUUUGUGAUUUUGUGGUUACUUUCAUACCCGUUUAUUGAUGAUAUCUGUGCAGUUCAAUCUUUGGACUGUCGAUGUCAAAGCCUACAUUAUAAAUAUUAAAACUAAGUUUCUCGAUAAUAAUUUGUAUAUUUAAUGGUUAAAACAGUGACUUAUCUGGAACGAAGCAUACGGAGCGAAUCGCUUCCUCGUUUCUUGCACGCAUUGCUAGAAUAUGGAAUGCCCUUUCGGCUUCCGUUUUCCACGUUAGCUGUAUUGAUAACUUCAAAAAGAGAGUGAAUCGGCACCUUCAAGGCAAGUGCGCUUCACCAUAAGCUGCACCAUCACCUGCUAUUUGUUGUGAUUGCAGACAAGCGAAAGUUAUAAUAGGUAGUUAAAAAAAGACGUGAUCAACAAAAAUAUCUUAUGGAACAUUUUAGGUAUAGUCCCGUUGUCCCCGUUAGCCGUGUCUCCGUUAACGGGUACAACGGGGAUUAAAAACUAUUCCCGCUGUCCCCGUUCUCUGUCUCCGCUUUACGGGAACAACGGUAUUUGAAUAAAAUUAUUGAAGACUGAAUAUCUAUUUUUUAACAGAAUGAAACUUAUUCACUGCAAUGUACCGAGAAAGAGAUGGCAGUAAAAAAAAGUUAGCUGCCACGGGAUUGAAAAUCUAAUUAAGUAUAAUCAUUUAAAUACAACGAUACUUACUUAACAAUAUUAAUAAACAAUAAACAAUAAACAAUUGCAUGACAUUUCAAGCAAUUGUUAUUAUACAGAUUAAAAAACUACAGUAAAACUAAUUACCGUUUCAAUUAAAAAAUUUAGAUAAUAUUAUUUGGAGCACUUCUCAGAACUACAAUAAUUUUCAAUCGAUCGGGGAAUUGGUAUCGUAAUUGUAUUAAUAAAUGAUUAUUUUGGAUUAAAUAACCAAAUGGCACAUCAUUAAAACAUUUUAGUUAUUGUAAUUUAUAGUAUUCAAAUAAAAAGGUCGCAAAAUUUUAAGCCGUUAUGAAAAGAAUUAACUUUGAUUAGUAAAAAAGUGUACAUACCUAUAAUUGUUAGCUAAUGAAAUUAUGUAAUAAUAGUAACAUUGCCUAUCUGCGUAAGUAGAUAAUAUAAAGAUGUCUAAUAGGUAUGUAUGUACGUCAAUAUUUUAUUAUUGUUUUUGUAGGUGGGCAGUGAGAAAUUAAUUAAAUUACGUCGGUAAUUUAAUAUAAUGGACACUACUUUAUGUUUUAAAAUAGGUAGGUACCAGUAAGUUUUUUUAAAUGGUAUCUAAUAAAUUUAUUAUUGUAUUGAAGUUUGAACAUUUUUUUAUUUGAAGCUCUCUUAGCGAGAUUUUUGUGUUAUACUUAUAUAAGC